UCGCCCCUCGGCCGUUAAUACAUCCCCCUACAAUACAUCCACAGUAACAUGCUUUCCUUCGCUACCUCCGCAAACUCCUUCCUUCUCGUACGCACGCAGCUGCUCCUGGUCGGAAUGAUCUGCCUCUGGAUUUCCCUGCUACAUUGCCCCUACCCCCCAACUACGUUCGCUCGGUGCAAGCCCCCACGCAAGGCCCUCGAUCCACACCAGCGCCGCCCACCACCUCAUCCACUGCCACCGCCUCCGAGGCUCGCCUACACCGCCUGUUUGCAUUGUGGCCUUUUGGUGCAGGUCAUGCAUUGCCUCCUAUUGUCGAUGUCCCUCUUGCGCCGGGCCAACUGCGCAUCGCUAUAGCGGGUGCU